UCCAAGCCAAGAAUGGUGAAAUUUCAUCAGAUUUGGCAAUUGGCAUAUGCCUAAUGUAAUGUCUAAGAGAUGCAAUCACAUUGCUUGCAGCAACAAAAUAACAGAUAUAUUUGUACUUCAAAAUUUCCUAUUCUUGCUGGGUUGAAUUUAAUAUUCACUUUCUUUUGGACUAUGAGACUACCACCACCACGAAAACGGAUCAAACCCCAACAUUUCAACUUUUCUAAGAUUUCAAAACCUAUCGUUCAAAAUGCAUUCAAGAUUUUUUCGAGGAUUUUAAGCUCAUCCUCCUCACAAGGAUGCUUGGAGUGAAGAAAAAGAUGGAUAGCAGUCGUAGCAUAGCCAAAAAAUGGAAGCACCUAAGCGGCGAACACAACUGGGAGGGCCUAUUGGAUCCUCUAGACAUUGAUCUCCGUCGAUACAUAAUUCACUAUGGAGAAAUGGCUCAAGCUACUUAUGAUGCCUUCAACACAGAGAAGACAUCAAAGUAUGCAGGAAGCAGCAGAUAUGCCAGAAAGAACUUCUUCUCUAAAGUUGGUUUAGAGAAAGCAAACCCUUUUAAGUAUAAUGUGACCAAGUUUGUGUAUGCGACGUCGCAGAUUCAAGUCCCUGAGGCCUUCCUGAUUAAGUCUUUGUCAAGGGAGUCUUGGUGCAAGGAAUCAAACUGGAUGGCGUAUGUUGCUGUGGCGACAGAUGAAGGGAAGGCUGCAUUGGGCAGGAGAGACAUUGUGAUUGCUUGGAGAGGUACUGUGCAGUCCUUGGAGUGGGUUAAUGACUUGCAAUUUAAUUUGGUUUCUGCGUCAAACAUACUUAGCGAGGAAGGUGAUCCAAAGGUGCACCAAGGUUGGUACUCCAUCUAUACUUCAGAUGAUUCACAUUCGCCUUUCAACAAAACCAGUGCCAGACACCAGGUCAUUGAAGAAGUUAGGAGACUAGUAGAGCAAUACAAGGAUGAGGAAAUUAGUAUCACCAUAACAGGGCACAGUUUGGGUGCAGCAAUUGCCACGCUAAGUGCAAUUGACAUUGUUGCCAAUGGACUUAACAGGCCGAAGGACCUGCCAAACAAAGCCUGCCCAGUUACAGCCAUUUUGUUCGCAAGCCCUCGAGUUGGUAACUCAAACUUUGAGAAGGUCUUCUCCGGCUACAAAGAUCUUCGAGCCUUACGCGUUCAGAAUGCCUUAGAUGUUGUCCCAAACUAUCCAAUUUUUUUUGGGUACUCAGACGUGGGAGAAGAGUUGACAAUCGACACACAAAAAUCCAAGUACCUGAAGAGUCCUGGAGGAGUGGCGAGUUGGCAUAACAUGGAAGGGUACUUGCAUGGAGUUGCAGGAACACAAGGGAGUAAAAGUGGGUUCAAGUUGGAAGUUAAGCGUGACAUAGCACUGGUAAAUAAAAGUACUGAUGCCUUGAAGGAGGAGUACCUUAUACCGGCGUCUUGGCGUUGUGAGAAGAACAAGUGUAUGACUCAACUGGAAGAUGGUUCUUGGGUGCUUAUGGACCAUGAGGAUGGUGAUGAUCAAUUCUGAAUGUUUUAGAUUCUUGAUUUCUUGGGUGGAUUUAUAUUUCGAAGAUAUCAGUUUUAUGUGUGUCUUAAUUGUUUCUGUCACAUGAUAGAUAAGUGGGGUGUUUAUUUGAAAUGUUGGUUGUCCUAAAACCUUGGAAUAUUUGAAUUACGAAGGUUGAAUUAAUUCAUUUGUCUAAAGCUAAAAAUAAAAUCAAAGUUAUAGCA